AUGCCUAUCGCCAUCACUCCUCCUUCAACAACGCCCACGCCCAAAGACGUUUCUUCUGUACUUAGAACAAGCAUGCCCGCCAUGGAUAUGCCAACGAAGCGGAAGAUUAUCUGUUUUUCAGAUUUCGACGGCACGAUCUUCAUGCAAGACACCGGCCAUGUCCUCUUCGACGCGCACGGCUGUGGCGUCGAGCGCCGCACGAUGCUAGACGAGCAGAUCAAGACGGGCGAGCGCUCAUUCCGCGACGUCUCGGAGGAGAUGUGGGGAUCGCUGCAUAUCCCCUUUGACGACGGAUUCCAAGCCAUGGAGAAGACGCUCGAGAUCGAUCCGGAUUUCCAGCAAUUCCAUAAAUUCUGCAUAGCGAAUAACAUUCCGUUCAACGUUAUCAGUGCGGGGUUGAAGCCGAUACUGCGGAAGGUUCUCGAUUCGUUUCUGGGCGAGGAGGAAAGUAAGCAUAUUGAGAUUGUAGCGAACGAGGCGGAGAUUAGCGGGGAUGGGAGCAAGUGGAAGCCGGUUUGGAGGCAUGAUACGGAGUUGGGUCAUGACAAGGCGCUUAGUAUUACGGAGGCGAGGAAGGAGGCUGAGCUGCAGUGCGAGGAUGGCACGAUUCCGCUUAUUGUGUUCAUUGGAGAUGGGGUUAGUGAUUUGCCGGCCGCGAGGGAGGCGGAUGUGUUGUUUGCGAGGAAGGGGUUGAGGCUAGAGGAGUAUUGUAUCGAGAAUGGGAUUAAGUAUAUUCCGUUUGAUACUUUUGCUGAUGUGGAGAGGGAGGUGAAGGCCAUUAUGGAGGAGGAUGAAAGGAAAACUGGAGGAAAGGGCGUCCCUGUUAGGUUCAAUCCUAGGGCGAAUAUGUGGAGGAGGGUUAGCAGUCAGAAUGCUGUCCCUCGGCUCGUUGCUGCUACUCCUAGCAAAGAGGAGAAGAUGUUCUUGUGGCCAGAAGCAUUCUCGGACUAUCACCCAGGCAGCACGAGCACUAUCACAGAGAGCGUGGCCACUUGA